UUUGUUUAGAUUCUGCUAUUGAUUCACUCCGUUGAUUGAUUUCGGAAAUUGGGUUUCCUUCGUUGGAGCGCGGAGUGCUGUGAUCCAGUCUCGAGGCGGUGGUGGUGGUGGUGGUGGUGGAAAGACCAAUUCGUGGCCGUUUUUUCGCUAUUUGCCGGAGUGUUCGUUGUUGGGUAGGAGCGUGGUGCCUGGUGGAAUUGAUUACGGUGUUCACUUCUUAUUCUGAGUCCUGUCUUGGAUGUAAGUGCGGUCGAUUUCUGUGGGAGAUUGGGAAGGUCUCAGGGCGGGUGGCUGGGGUUUCUCUACUGGUUUUGGCGAGGACAGAGGAAUUGUAGCUGUAAGGAACAGGUGCUUAUCUCUGGGCUCUGCUCUUUUAGUCAAUCAUAUCAAUUUGUCGAUAAUUCAGUGCGUCGCAAUUCGAGCUAGAUACUUUGCGACGCACACUAGUAGCAAUUUCUAGAACAGCGCUUGCGAAUUUUGAGGAGACUUGAGGCUGAAAGUGGUCGCGACGAAAGCUUUGAGCACUUACUGGAACGCACGAACGCUGUGAAGUGUACUUGAUUGGGGUGAAAUAAGGAGGAACAACUAUACCCAAAGGGCGAGAGAACCAAUUUUGGUUUGAAUUUCUAGUUGGGGUCACGAGUGGCAGGAUGGGUCCAGGAGGAAUGGUCCAGGUGGUGCAGGGCGCUUCGCUUGUUGCCAGCGCGUGGCUGGUGAAGUCCAUCUUGGAAGCUGAAGAGAAGCAGAAACCGAUGAUCGGAGGAAGGCAGUGCCCAACUUGUAAUGGGUCUCGCAGAGUGCCGUGCAUGUGCACAAGGUGGUCCGAUGACGACGUGGGUUGUAGUACGUGCAGUGGGUCGGGGAAGAUGGUUUGCAAUAGCUGCGGUGGCUCCGGGACUGGGAGACCGAUUCCAGUGCAGAUUCGCGCUUCCAAUAUCUCCGGCAAUGGAAAGUCGUAAAACUUCGGCAACCUUCUUUUUUCUCACUUCAAGGUGUUGAAGAUUUCAGAUUCCAAUUCGUGAAAGAACGAUUGUGUUGAGCGCAUCUUCCACAUCACCGCCAUCACCAUCAUCAUCAACCCGUUUGGCGAUGCAUUGAGCUCGUGUCAGUUUUGUAGAACAGUUACCCUUUAGUGAGUAAGAUUCUCGCCUUUACUAUCAUACAUUUAUGUACUUAUUUUUUGUAUUCUGUAUUUUUAUUUUUGACAAAAUUCUAAGCAAUGAAGUCGAGUACGUGUCUCCCUGUUU